AUGACAUGGCCCGCCUCACGCUGGGCAACGAACCCCUACUAUGCCCUAGUGGUGUUCGUCAUCGCAUGUGGCAGCAUUCCCAAAGGUUACGAUGAGGGUGGCUACAGCGCCAGCGUUGAUCUUCCGUCCUUCGCUGCCGAUUUCAACCUGAUCAAAUCCCACUGGACAGACGACCCGACCGGACUGGCCAACCGCUCCGCCAAUAUCAUCUCCUUCAAUGUGCUGGGCGCGGCCUUCGGGGCCCUGUUCGCGCUGGAGCUGAACGACCGUCUUGGGCGACUCGUGACGUGGCGACUGGCAUGCCUGCAGUGGGCAUCGGGGAUGUUCAUUCAGGUGUUUUCGUCGGGCAUCUAUGGCUUGCUGCUCUUUGCCCGGAUCUGGAGUGGUUUGGGAGCCGGCGUACUGACGGUCGCAGCGCCAAUGUACCUAUCCGAGAUCGCACCUGCAAGGACCAGGGGUCUGGUCGUUAGCGUGUACAUGGUGAUUCUACUGGCCGUGCUGGCCAUGGGGUUCUUCAUCAAUUACGGCGCCAGUGUCCACAUGGCCGCCACACGCGCCCAGUACCGUUUAGUUCAGGCGAUCCCGCUCAUCCCGGUCGGGAUCGUGUUCGGCUUGUCCUUCCUCUGUCCCGAGACCCCCCGGUACCUUGUCUCGAAGCAGCGCCACAAGGAAGGGCGGGAGGUCCUGGCGCGCUUGCGCGGCUUGGCCGUUGACGACCCGGACUUGGAGAAGGAGUUUGAGAUGAUUGACGCGCAGAUGCAAGAACGAGUGACCGACCUGGCCUCUGUCACGCACUGGUCCGCGUUCAAGGAAACACAAAUGAAUCCCAACUACCGCCAGCGGUUCUGGCUGCUCAUGACAAUGCAGACGAUUGCACAAUGGACAGGCGGAAACGGGAUCACUUACUACGUGACCAAUAUCUUCAAGUCAGAGAUUCGCAUGCCUAUGAUCGUUCACGAAGCUAACAUUCUUGGUAUGUAUAGAUACGCCGGCAUCACGGGCAAUGCCGAGUCCCUGAUCUCGUCCGGCGCGUAUGGAAUCGUCAAACUCAUCUUCACCAUGGCGUUCACCUGGGGUCUGAUCGACUUCCUGGGCCGCCGGCGGUGCGCGCUCGCAGGGCUGGCCCUGCAGCUCGCAGCCCACAUUUACAUGGGCGCAUACAUGGGCUUGCGACCUGGCUCAGCGAGCAAUGCCUCCGCCUCCGAUGCCGCCAUCGCCUCCGUCUUUGUCUAUGCGGUGGGAUGGUCAAUUGGCCUCUGCACGAUUCCCUACCUGUACGGCACGGAGAUCUUCCCAACCCGCAUCCGCAACGUGAGCUACGCCGUCAGCAUGGCCCUACAUUGGUUUUUUCAGUUCGCCGUUGUCCGUGUGACCGGGAACAUGUUCGUCUCCCUCGACGUCUGGGGCGCUUAUCUCUUCUGGGCCAUUAUUUGCGUCCUGGGCCUGAUCAUUCUCGGCGUCUGGAUGCCCGAGACCAAGGGUGUUCCCAUCGAGUGCAUGGGGGACCUCUUCGAUGGACCAUGGUAUCUUCGCUGGCGUGCAAAGCCGCAUGAGUGGAGUGAACCAUCUGUCUCGUCUGUAACCGAGACUGUUACGCCCAGUGAUGAAAAGACUCCGAUGCCCGGCAAUACCGCGCUGUAA